AUGUUUCCGACAUUCGACAUUGGUGACAGAAUCAUAGCGGAGAAGGUCUCCUACUAUUUCCGGGAACCAGAGGUUGACGACAUUGUAAUUUUCAAGGCACCCAAGGUUCUUCAGGAACGAGGGUACAGUGCCGGCGAAGUAUUUAUCAAGCGAAUCAUAGCUACUGCUGGCGACGUUGUGGAGGUCAAAGCUGGGAAAACAUAUGUGAAUGGUGUCCAGAGGAGUGAUGAAUUCACUUUCGAGCCACCUGCAUAUCAUAUGAAGCCGCAGUAUGUCCCACCAGGAUACGUGUUUGUCAUGGGAGACAAUCGUAACAACAGCUACGACUCACACAUCUGGUAG